UGAGAGUAAUUUCGAUUUGCCGCCCGGAUAUGCCUAGACAAUCCAAUCGCAGAGCCAGAAAGUCGCCAAAUCGAAUCGCUAAGAAACGUAUCGAGCUCUUCAGCCGACGGAAGCCUAGAACCGCCGACAGGCUUCCGAAUAGUCGAGUGAUCAGUCCAAGGAGUCACAGCGGAGAGAAUGCGACUCGUAAAAAGUCGGAUUAUGCUGCCAUGAUCAUCGUCAUUGGCGUCGGGUUGCUCGUGCUCUUCAGUUUCAUUGUGAUGGCUUGGGUUGCGGCUCCGAAGGCGAUAGUCGACGACAGCCCGAAUUCUACGGCAAACUGGUGCCUGGAGAACUACAUCCGAGAAGUCAUUCCGAGCGACUUUGAAGUCAGCUUGAACUACUCCCGGGUGGCUCGAUUCUUCGGGGCGGAAAGAUUCGCCGUGAACAGUUUCGUUCAUUUAGAAGUGAAGUGGGAGUCAGCGUAUUCGUUCUCGAGUCAAGAACCAUUCCUCGCCUUCGUCCAUCCGGGUCUGGCUUCGAGUUUCGCCUUCGUUGUAAACCCUCACACGAAACAGUUCAAAACCCUGAACGUCGAUCCUAGUCCAUUACGGUUCAUAACCCAGUUAAGGGAGCGACAGGGCCGCCUGGAGGGUGAGACCACGAUUCCAAUGAAGAACUCAACAUCUGGACCAUUCACGAUCGCUGUGUCGAUGAAGAUGGACUACAGACACGGGGUCCUCUCCCUCGAAUUUUUCCAAGACCACGACGGUAUGGUUCAGGACAGGCGUUUGCUUACGAAGCGCUACGAGAUUGCUCCGAUUCGACCUAUGCCGAGGAUGACUCCCAUUCUGUAUGUCGCUAAUGGCGUGAAGACGAACAAUACUUACCCCGGCAAGCUUCUCAUCACGUAUCGGAAUAUCGGUUGCAAUGUUCACCAAAGAGAUUCCCUCGAAGGGCGAGCGGUCUUCAAGCAAAUCUGCAGAUCCCGGGUGCCACGUCGAUUCUACGUCUGUGCCUUGGGCGAGAACAUACCGUGA